AUGGCAAGAAUUAAAACAACGCUGGAAUUGGAGGAUAGGUUGAGUGACCUACCCGAUUGCCUGCUUCAUCACAUCUUUGGUUUCAUUGAUUUCAAGUAUUGUAUCCGAACCAGUGUGCUCUCGAAGAGAUGGAAACUCCUGUGGACUUCUCUUUCAAAUCUAUAUUUCGACGGAUGUGAUGGAACCAGACUGCCCGAUUUUCAUCGAUUCGUGCUCGAAGCGUUGUUUCGUCGUGGUCGACAUCAUAAUAAGUAUCCAUUGAACGAAGUUAGGUUGCAUCUCAUGUGGAUGGGCACACAUUCAAGCUUCUUGAAAAAAAACAUAGCUCAUCUGGAAUCUCACAAUGUACGAUGUCUUGGUAUUAGUUUCGAUCAAAACCUAUGUAAUUUUAACGACCAAGAUUUCCCAGCUAGGUUUAGCCGAUCUCAGGUUCUGAAAACCCUAGAGCUCACACGGUGCCAUAUACGUCCAUCGGAAUCUGAUUGUAAGCCCACAUGGACCAAUUUGAAUUUGCACGAAUGUGAUUUUUGUCCGCAGAUCAUGUUUUUCAAUCCUUUUGAAAAUUGUCUACAUUUGAAGGAACUGCGCCUACAUAAGUGUAGCGUUUCAGGGAAGGCAGUUUUGAAUAUUUCGUGUCCUCGACUUGUCAACUUGGUGUUAACUGAUUUGAAGGUACAUACUAGAGAUCCAGUUGACGAUAAAUUUAAGCUUAUAAUUUUAGCACCACAACCCGUAUCUUUUAGCCUUACAUUAAAUAGGCCUCUCAAUUUCACUGCUCUUCACCUUCCUGCAUUGGACAAUGUGGAAAUUCAAAUUCGUUCACCAAAUAACUUUAAGACUCUCAGUUUUUCACGCUUGAUCACUAUGUUACAAGGGCUUCGUUACGCACGAUCUGUGAUAAAGGUUGAGAAGGAUGAACGCGAAAGCGGAUCGUAA